CCGGCUCGGCCCGGCCGCCCGCGCGUGGCUGUUGCAGGCCCCGGGCCCGGCCCGGCGGCUGCUCUAGCUCGAGGAACUCGGUGGCGCCCGUGAGCCGCGCCGCAGCCAUGGCUCUGGUGACCCUGCAGCGCUCGCCGACGCCCAGUGCCGCCUCCUCCUCGGCCAGCAACAGCGAGUUGGAGGCUGGCAGUGAUGAGGAUCGCAAGGUAAACCUCAGCCUAAGUGAGAGCUUUUUCAUGGUGAAAGGUGCAGCCCUCUUCUUACAACAGGGAAACAGCCCUCAGGGCCAGCGGACUCUUCAACACCCCCACAAGCAUGCAGGUGACCUACCCCAACAUCUGCAAGUAAUGAUCAACCUUCUGCGUUGUGAAGACAGAAUCAAGCUGGCCGUGCGCUUAGAGAGUGCCUGGGCAGACCGUGUGCGCUACAUGGUGGUGGUGUACAGCAGUGGGCGCCAGGACACUGAAGAGAAUAUUUUGCUGGGAGUUGAUUUCUCCAGUAAGGAAAGUAAGAGCUGCACCAUUGGGAUGGUUCUCCGACUGUGGAGUGAUACGAAGAUCCACCUUGAUGGUGACGGCGGGUUCAGUGUGAGCACAGCUGGAAGAAUGCACAUAUUUAAGCCCGUAUCUGUCCAGGCCAUGUGGUCUGCCCUGCAGGUGCUUCACAAGGCCUGUGAGGUGGCUCGAAGGCACAACUACUUCCCCGGUGGUGUGGCACUUAUCUGGGCCACCUACUAUGAGAGUUGCAUUGGGUCUGAGCAGAGCUGCAUCAACGAGUGGAAUGCCAUGCAGGACCUGGAGUCCACGCGGCCCGAUUCCCCGGCACUGUUUGUUGACAAGCCCACCGAAGGGGAAAGGACUGAGCGUCUCAUCAAAGCCAAACUGCGAAGCAUCAUGAUGAGCCAGGAUCUUGAAAAUGUGACCUCGAAAGAGAUCCGUAAUGAAUUAGAGAAACAGAUGAACUGUAACUUGAAAGAAUUCAAGGAAUUCAUAGACAAUGAAAUGCUGCUUAUCUUGGGACAGAUGGACAAGCCCUCCCUUAUCUUCGAUCACCUUUAUCUCGGUUCUGAAUGGAAUGCAUCCAAUCUGGAGGAGCUGCAGGGCUCAGGGGUUGACUACAUUUUAAAUGUCACCAGAGAAAUAGACAAUUUCUUUCCUGGCUUGUUUGCAUAUCACAACAUCCGAGUUUAUGAUGAAGAGACCACAGAUCUUCUUGCCCACUGGAACGAAGCAUAUCAUUUCAUAAACAAAGCAAAGAGGAAUCAUUCCAAGUGCCUGGUCCAUUGCAAGAUGGGUGUCAGCCGAUCUGCGUCCACAGUCAUAGCUUAUGCGAUGAAGGAAUUUGGCUGGCCCCUGGAAAAAGCAUAUAACUAUGUGAAGCAGAAGCGUAGCAUCACACGACCCAAUGCAGGCUUUAUGAGGCAGCUGUCUGAGUAUGAAGGCAUCUUGGAUGCAAGUAAACAGCGGCACAACAAACUCUGGCGCCAGCAAACGGAAAGCAACCUCCAGCCACCUGUGGAGGAUACUGCGGAGCCCAGUGGCUUCUUGCCAGAGACCCUGGACAGCACCCCAGCAGACAGCAGGCUGCCUGGCUUAGAUGAUACUGCCCAACCUGGACUCCCAGGAAGCCCUACCCCAGGAGGGUCCACUCUCCCUUGCUGCUUCCGGAGACUCUCAGACCCCCUCCUCUCUUCUUCUGACUAUGACACUGGCAGCCUGGUCCACCUGGAGGACCUGGAGAGGGAUGCUCUGGUGGAGGAUGUGACCCAGCCAGCAGAGGUACUCAGGCCAGCCAGGCGAGCCCAGGAAGGUACUGCACUCUGUGAGAAGGAUGUAAAGAAGAGACUCGAGUUUGGGAGCCCCAGAGCCCACAGCAGCUCCUCCCCCCAGGUGGAGGAGAUGGACAGAGAAGAGGGCCCAAGAUCAGGGAGGCUGGCACGAUCCCCAAGCCAGCCUGACAGAAGCCCACUCAACCAGGAGAACCUCAACAACAACAACAGCAAGAGAAGCUGCCCAGAUGACUUUGAGCAUGAUGCCAUGUUUGGGAUCCUCACCAAAGUCAAGCCUUCCUACAAGUCCUGUGCCGAUUGCAUGUACCCUGCAGCUGGCAGGGCUCCUGAGGCCUUCAGGGAGCAAAGUGAGGACCCUAGUGCUCCUGCCAUCUGUACACAGCCCGCCUUCCUGCCCCACAUCACAUCUUCCUCUGUGGCCCACGUGUCUAGCAGGUCCCGAACUCUGGAGAAGCCAGUCUGUGGUGCAGUUGACUGUCCCCCACUGCCACCAGCAGCAGCUUCAAGGAGACCAGAGAACAGUGGCAGUGUGGCUGGGGCUAUCCCUGAGGUACCACCUACCCUCCCAGAACUGUCCAGAGAGACCCCAAAAGUCCUACCUAAGUCCUUCCUGUUGAAGAAUUCUCAUUGUGACAAGAACUCUCCCAGCAUGGAAGUAAAGGAAGACUCAUUACCCAAGAAGGAGUUGAAGCCAGCUAAGGACCUGCGGCUUCUGUUCAGUAAUGAGUCUGAGAAACCAACAACCAACAGCUACCUGAUGCAGCACCAGGAGUCCAUCAUUCAGCUACAGAAGGCAGGUCUGGUCCGCAAGCACACCAAAGAGCUAGAGAAGCUGAAGAGCCUGCCCAUGGACACAGUAUCUGCCACCAGGGAUGGUGCCGCCAGUAGGCUGGAAGAUAGCAUCCCCGAGGAGAGCCAGGAGUUGGCUGCACUCCAGGAGCCACAGCCCCUGGCUCUGCCUGGCCAGGCAGGGGGUGAUGACAAAUCAGAGGCCACCCCCCUGCCUUUGGAAGGAGCCUUGCUGAAGAGCCCCCCUCCGUUCCUGUCCCGCCUGGACCAUACCAGUAACUUCUCCAAAGACUUCCUGAAGACCAUCUGCUACACCCCCACCUCCUCCUCCAUGAGCUCCAACCUGACACGGAGCUCUAGUAGCGACAGCAUCCACAGUGUCCGGGGGAAGCCAGGGCUGGUGAAGCAGCGAACCCAGGAGAUUGAGACCCGGCUCCGGCUGGCAGGCCUCACUGUCUCAUCCCCACUCAAGCGCUCUCACUCUCUUGCCAAGCUGGGAAGCCUAAACUUCUCCACAGAAGACCUAUCUAGCGAGGCUGACACAGCCACUACCGCCGACUCCCAGGAUGCUCAAUGCAGCAAAUCUUCCUUGCAGGAACCCCAGGCCACCGCAAGGAACCCUGCUGCAACCUCCAAACCAUCAGGGAAAUCUGCCCCAGAAAACUUGAAAAGCCUCCUGAGGAUGAGCAGAAGCUGACCCCCCCCCCCCUUUGCUUCACUGGACUUACAUUUUCCUACAGUCUCUCCCUGAGUUUCCUUGUAGAUUUGGAUCCAUCCUUUAUACCUUGAUUUGUCUUAAAUAACCAAAGUCAUCCAGGAUUUCCUCCCUCUUGCCAUAGGAGGAGGAGAAACAAAAUUAUUUUACAGCACAAGAAGAAAGGACAGGUACUAGUGUGUGGCCUGGGAGACCCAGGAAUUUCAGUCAGUAGAUACACACUCUGUUUUUAAGAAGAAUCAUGUAUUUAAAAACACAAACAGAUAGGCACAUGCAUCCAAAAUACUCCAUUCGCAACACACAGAAGAGUCAUGGUGGUGACAUUAUCGCCACGGCCCAUGUUUCAUUUUGGCCCUCUUGGAAGAACUCUGGGAUGGCAACAUGAGUCCUACCUCUGUUCCUGCUAUGCUUUUUGUUUUUAAAUACAAUAAUGACCAAGGCUCAUUCCAAGGAAUAAUGCUGUGUCAGAGUUUUUCAAAACAGGUGUUUGUUUGUUUUGUUAGUUAGAACCCCAAAAGGGUUCAGAUGUUCAUUCAGCUUGACUGCACCAAGCAGAUCAUUGCUAGGUAAAGUCAGCAGGGAGACAAAUCCCGCCCUGUUGCUGAACUUGUGCUGCGCUAAGAGGCAGUUUCCUAUUCAGUUCAAGUCUUCUGUCGUGUUUCUGUUGUGAGUGGGUGAUCAGCACUAGGCUGGCACCUGGGUCAGACGAGGGGAAUGUGUGUGAGGACAGUAUAUGGCUUUCCUGGUGAUGCACACCAAAGUGUUGUGGAGCCGAGUCUCCUGCUGACUGGCUGACAUUGUCUUAGUUGGGAACACUGGAUCAGUAACUCUAGGAUUGGACUGUCCUGCCAGAAGCCCUGACCCUCAGACUUACAGGUCUCAUGUACUGUUAUUUGGGAGACAAAGGGAUAUUAGGGCAAAAUUCUCAUGGGUCCUACUCCAAGAGCCACUUUGAGCAGCCUGUCUGAGCAGUGAGACUGAAAGUUUCACAGGUUUACAGCCAUCCCUUGCUGUGGGGAAAGCACUGCUUCGCAUUUCUGCAGCUCUCCCAGCAGCAGGGAUGGAGUAGAGGAUGCUGUAGCCCAAGCCUCAGCUUCACGAUAGUAUCUUGAAGAACCAGGUAAACUCAGGGUGGCUCACAGCUUGGGGCUUAAGUCCAGCAGUUCACCUGAUGUCUGUCAGCAAGGUGAAGUGCUCAGAUAUUUUGAAGAAAGAGAAGCAGCUCUGGAGAAAGGCAAAAGGGCUUGGUUCAGGGCCCUGCAAACUGGUAUAUAGCCCUGUGGUCUAAGAAUGGCUUUUACAUUUUUGAAGGAUUAUAAAAAAAUAAUAUGUAAGAGAGUUCAUGCAGAGCCUUAGAUACUUGCAGACAGGCCUUUUGUAGACCUUUGCUGCCUGUGUUCCUGCAGAAGGCAAAUUGGAAGGCCUCCUGCAUGUUGUGGAUACCUUAGGCCAAACCUCUGCUCUCCCAAAUCCAGGCUUUGCCAGCUCCCCCCACAUACACUUCUCUUGUGCAGUGUGUGGGGAGCAGAUGCUUGCCCCAGCUCCACCUCUGCUGGAUCAGCCCUGGUAGCUCGGUAAACCAGAAAGCACUCCAGGGCCACCUGAGUUUGGAAAGCAGAUGCAGAGGUUGCCAUCUUCCAUGGGCCAGAACUGGGCCCCCAAAACAGUGCUAGAGAACAGACAGACGGGCUUCGGGAAGAAAGCCGGUUCCUGUUUCAACUAAUGCAGAGAGUUUGGGCAAACACUGUCUCCAAGAACUUUUUUUCUCCCUGGCUGGUUUUUUAAAAAUACGUGUUACUUUAUUUUAUAGGAAUUUGUUUUCCCUAUAGUGUCAAUUGAAAUCACCUUACAAGGAGAUUAUCCACUUAUUCCUGAAAUCCUGUGGCGUUUCCCCACUCUUCCUCAGCCAACAAAAGCAUAGUUUUAAAAAACUAUCAAGUUCAAUUAUGCUUUGCCAAAUUAGAUUUCAUGUAGACCAGUUUUUGUGUCAAUGAAAUCCUUUAAAUGUAAUGAUAGGCUUUUGUUGAUUUUUUAAUACAUCUAUGUAGAAGGGUGCUAUAUUUUUUUAAACUUUAAUUUUGAAAACUGUACUUUUUCUUGCCCAGUUAAGGAGAAAGGCAAGGAAGAUUAUGAAUAUAAGUGGGUCUUUGGCAAACCUACCCAUUCUUUUUUAGCACAGCUAGUACAUCAGCCAACAUCCAGGCAGAGCAGGGCAUUGGUCCCCAUCAGCAGAACCAAUGAAGCAUUUGUGAUUCAUCGAUGGUUCACACUGACAGGAAGGGAUGGAUAUUGUUCUUGGAGACUCAGACUCACUGCAUGUAAACAGACAGCAAUUUCACAGUACUGGAUUAGCAGAGCAAAAGCAUCCUGCUACCCUAGGGGCUCUUUGGCACAAAGUCAUACUGGUAAUCAAAAAAAAGUUUGUUCCUUAAGAUGUGCCACAAUGUGGCUCAUGCUUUGUAUGUAACCUUAGGAAAAUUUCAAACGUAAGUGGCACAAAAGAGGCAGCCAGAGAAUGUAGAUUGAUGCUGUACAAGUCAUUGAUUUUGGCGACUGUCAUCCUCAUUGAUGCCUUUGUUGAUGAAGGAAAAAGGAACAUUUUCUGAUCUGCCCAACCCCUCUCUGUAGGCUGCUUUCACCCUUCUGCCUGCCUUUAUUGAGAUGGCAUGCCAGAAGUUAGACCGAACUUUGCUACAUCCUUGUCUUGCAUUGAUACAGAAGGUCAUUUUAUUAGGUUUUAUUAAGCAUAAGAUCACAGAGGAAAGACCAGGUUGCCCUCUGACCAGAAUCUUGACAGUGCCAAUUUCCAUUUCUUAAGCAUUAUUUCAGAGGUCUCUAGCAAUGUCCCUGGUUGCACAAACUUUCUAAAAACGUGGUUUCUUUCUCUGUGCCCUCCCUGCCAC